ACAACAACAACAACAGAAGCAUCAAUCAUUCAUCGUAGCCGCAAUAAUUGUAUGUGUGUGUGUGUGUUUGUAUAAUUCCAAUUUUAGCAAUACAAAAGUAUAUUACUGCUAUUGCGGCAUAUUCCGUGUGUGUGUGUGUGUGUGUAUGCAAUACGGAUGCGACAAGAUAUUUUUGUUUUGAAAAAUUUUGAAAUUUAAUCGAUAGUUUGUGUAAAAAAAAAUCCAUGUCUAUUUUUCAAUCAAAUAAUCAUCAUCAUAAUAUAAUGGCCGUAUUCUUGACGAAUAUUUGUGCAUUUGAUUCUUGUGGUAAAAAAUUUGCAUCAUUACCCGAAUUAAUAAAACAUAUUGAAGAACAUCAUAUAGAUGUUGAAGCAUAUGAUAAUGCCCCGACAAAACCAUCAUAUAAUAAUUGUAUGCCGGUCAGUUGUGUUUUGAGAAUGUUUUCCGAUAGAAACGAUGAUAGUGAUCAAAAUUCUGGGAUGGCUGUCGAUUCGAAUGGGAUGAAUGAUUCUCAUCACAAUAAUAAUAAUAAUCAUAAUUAUAAUGGCCAUCAUCAUCAUGUACGAAAAUCAAUCAAUUCACCGGCUGCAUCAUUAAGUACAACACCGACAGAAGGUAGUGAACUUGAUGAUGAUGCUGGAUUCGAAAGUGAUUCAGGCCAAAGUUCAAUCGAUUCAUGGGCAAAUGUUGAUACAUCCAACACCAAUGCUUUGACUAAAUUUCAUCAAAUCAUGGGCUCAAAUGUAUCAUCACCUACAGUUGAACAAACAACAAAUGUUGGCGGCAUUUUGCAGAAUGGAACAACAAUGAUCGGAAAUGGACAAAUGGCAACAAAUUCAUCGAAAAUGAUGAUGAAUAGUGGUGGUGGAAAAAAUGUCGAUGAAAAACGUCUUUAUUAUUGUAAUGUAGUAGGUUGUAACAAACAAUAUCGUACAUCGAACAGUUUAAGUCAUCAUCGACGAUCAGCGCAUAUUAAUAAAGAUAAUAAUAAGAUUUCAUUGGUAAUGGGUGGCCACAACAACAACAACGGUGGAGGUUGUCAAAAUAAUGGCCCAUCAAAUGGUCAUCCAAUGACACCGAAAACUCCUACUAUAAAACCAAUGUUGGAUGAAAAUAAUAAGAAAGUCUACCGUUGCAUUUGUGGAAAAGUUUAUAAAACUAGUCAUGGACUUAAAAGCCAUCUGAAUACACAUCAUCAUCCGGAUAGUAUUCAUCAAUAUGUACAAAAUUAUCAGCAACAACAACCACAGGAUAUUGAAAUGACAUCAAUCAUACAUCAAAAACCGGACACAUUUGCAGAAAUAAAUUCCACAACAUCAUCAUCAUCAUCAUCGAUGACAAAUAAUGGUGGUAAUGGUGUACAUUUAUCAUCAAUUAAAGCGGAAUUAUUAUCGCCAACAAUUACGAAUCUGUCAUCAUCAUCAUCAUCGCUACAAUCGAAUAAAAUGAUCAAUAUUGGACAUAAUACUACUACUGUACAUUUUAACCAAAAUGAUUUGAUACCAGAUCAAAGUUGUCCACCUGUGUCGGUUAAUGUCGAAGUAACAAGUGAACCAAAACAGACAAAUUUUUUAUCCAAAAAUUCAAGUCCACCAAUAAUAUCAGCACCAACAUUGCAACAACAUUUACUUAGUCCAGUAAUACCGAAAGUUAUUAAUUGAUUAUUAUCAUAUAAUAUCAUUAUAUCAUCAUUCAUUAGA